AUUCUCCUAAUAGGUCCAAACAAUGGACUGGAAUUUUCCUCAUUUAGACAUCAUACAAACCAGUUUGUCUCAGGCCUGAAUAUAAGGAGGUUCAGAAGAGGGAAGUCCUCACUGAGAAGUUGCGAUUCUAUUGAGACUCAAAACUUGGGAACAGCAAAACAUCUGUAACCAUGAAGUUGCUUCUGGCCGGAAUUGUUCUGUUUCUAGUCGUGGAAGCUAAUGCCCAGUGGUAUAAGUUUCCUGCUCAAGCUGCUCGAGGAAGUCGUGAUAUGUUGCGAGCAUACAGGGACAUGAGGAAGGCCAACUGGAAAAACUCAGACAAAUACUUUCAUGCCAGAGGAAACUAUGAUGCUGCCCGGAGGGGACCUGGGGGUAAAUGGGCAGCUAAGGUCAUCAGUGAUGGCAGAGAGUGGGUGCAGCAAAAAAUGGGUCAUGGUGCCAGUGACUCAGCUGCUGAUCAGAUUGCAAAUCGGUGGGGACGGAAUGGAGGAAAUCCCAACGUUUUCAGGCCCAAGGGACUUCCUUCAAGAUAUUAGUCCUAAAGUCAUUCACUAAUAAAAGCAAAGAACAAGAAUGACAACACAGCCUGAAGGAGGUUAAGUGUGUUUUUCCAAUAUAAUCAUGCUUUUGCUAGGAAAUAUAUGCACCAUUAUAUUGCAAUGUUUAAGUUGUUGGGAAAUUAAAUACAAGUGAAGUCACUGUAAAAGCAUUAAGCCCAGAGGGGGUCUGAAACCUCUUCCUGUGUUGUGAGAUUGUCGUUAGUAUAUCUGCACAAGGAGUUUAGGCAGUAGGCGCAAUAAAUGUUUGAAAUGUUGUGAUAUAUGAAGGAUAAGAACAAUGUGUCCUAAGACAAGAAAAUGUCAUAGACAAGUACAGAAAGGCAGAAACACUUUGAGCAAAAUUGUGGGCAUCUUAUUGCUGGCUACAGUUAAUGUGUGUUAUCCCAAAGUGUGUCAAAAGCUGAGGAGAGUGUGCCACUCCUCAGUCACAUCUGUGCAAUGCUGACUCUUGCUUGCAAGCAAUAAACACUCACUGAAAAGCUGAA